GGCGGGUGAUUCCAUCGUACUGUUGACAGAAGAGUUCUACAAGGAGUCGCAACCAUGAAGUUUUUUGUAGACGGCAGCGAAAUAGCGCACAUAACAAAACCUCAAGAUAUACAAUAUAUGCAAAUGUUAAAGUUUUUUACGAAUUCGCUAGCAGGUUGGCCUAUCGAGGCUGUGGAAGGGAUAGACGGCAAGAAAAAUUUUUACUGGAGAAACGGCUUGGUUGUCAUUGCAUAUGCGUAUUUUUUCGGACAAGUGUUUUAUAUUUACAGGUAUAUUAACGAUUACACAUUUUUAGUCAUGGGUCAUUCGUACAUCACUGUACUCAUGACUAUUGUAACAAUAGCUCGACACACAUUACCAUACUUCAAAUGCUACGACGAUACGACUGCCGACUUCGUGCAUAAUAUCCACCUUUUCAAUUAUCGAAACAAACCUGGCUACUACAAGGAGUUUCACUUAAAGAUACACAAAAUAUCCCACGCUUUCUCGGUAUACCUGUGCACACUAUUGGUGACGGGUCCUAGUAUGUUCAAUGGUAUACCACUUUACAACAACUAUGCGUCGGGAGCUUUUAGCUUUAACAGAUCGCCUAACGUGACCUACGAACAGGCCGUGAGCUUGUUGCUACCUUUCGAUGAUACAAAUAAUUUCAAAGGUUACUUCGUAGUUUUUCUUGCUAAUUGCUGUGUGAGUUAUAUUUCCUCGUGUUGUCUUUGUAUCUAUGACCUCCUCCUUUCUCUCAUGGUGUUCCAUCUUUGGGGACAUCUAAAAAUCCUUACAAAGACCCUCGAUAACUUCCCGAAGCCAGGAUUUCUAAAUCCACAAGCUAUUGAAGCGGAUCCGAACAAAAGUUUAAAAUUUUCUGAUGAAGAACUGAAAGUUAUUCACAAGAAACUUGGUGAAUGUGUGGCUCAUCAUCAGUUGAUUUCCAACUUCUCAACGCGUAUGUCGAACACUUUUGGAUUGUCACUGUUCAUCUAUUACGGUUUCCAUCAGCUGAGCGGCUGCUUGCUGUUGCUGGAAUGCGCACAACUGGAAGCUGCAGCCAUUAUAUGCUAUGGGCCGCUUACGUUGGUCGUGUUUCAACAAUUAAUACAAUUGUCAUUUAUAUUUGAGCUCAUAGGGACUGUGAACGAGGGCCUUACGGACUCCGUGUAUUGUUUGCCGUGGGAGGCUAUGGACCAAGGAAACAAGAAAAUAGUAUUCACUUUUCUACGUCAAUCACAGAAGUCGAUGAAUUUAAAAGCUUUGAACAUGCUUAGCAUUGGAGUACAGACUAUGGCAAAGAUUUUGAAGACAACCAUGACCUACUUUUUGAUGCUUCAAACAAUCGCCAAAGAUGAGAGCUAAACUGCAUGCACGAAAAUACUUAAAAUUCCGCACUACGCACAUUACAGAUCCUAAUAUGCACAACAUUACUGUAUCACAAACAUAUUAAAUACAGUUUUGAAACUUUG